AUGAGGUUCCACUUCCCACUGCUAGCAGCUGUCCUCACAGCAGGCACCACUGUCCUGGCCCGCCACAUUCACGACGAGGCCCUCGUAGACGUGGUAUCGGCGCUCGAGACACAGAUCUCAGCGCUGGAAGAAAAGAUAGAGGCGGCAACGGUGGUUCCGACCCAGGUCUCCGCUACUACUGGGGACGCUGCUGUCGCGUCCGCCGGUGACGCCGACGAUAGCAACGGCGCUAACGACGCCGGCGCUGCUGGCAUGAGCGUCUCUGUUCCAGAAGUCGCCUCCAACAACACCGAUCCCGCAGACACUGAUGCAGCGGGGUACGACACCGAUCCCACGAGCACGGAUGUAGCCAACAACGACACCAGUCCCAUGAGUACUGAUACAGCGAGUAACGACACCAAUACCACGAGGCUUGAUACAGCCAAUGAAAAUGCCGUUCCUACGAGCAUCGAUGUAGCCAGUGACGACGUCGUCGUUCCCACAAACACCGUCGCGGCCAGUGACAGCAGUGAUGGCAGCAAUGACAGCGACAACAACACCGCCAACGAUGCCACACCUCCCAAUACUCUAAGCAAACGCUGGACCGUAGACGACCGCACCGCUCAACUACGCUGCCUGAACUCUAAUGGCGGAGCUAUGGGCUCACUCCCGACAACGUCCUGCGCCAAUGUAACAAUAAGCCCCUCACUCCCUCGGUCUGCCAGGCCCAGUGUUCCUGUUGGAACGGCGGCGUCAGAUGCCAGCCAUGGAGUGGCUGUUCGGAUAGGACGAUGA